AUGGCUUUAUAUUACAACUUAGUAUUCAUCUUAUUAGCCGUAGAAAUGGUUUUCUUUGGGGUUCUUUCAUUACCAUACCCAAGAAAAAUAAGAAGAACAGUUUUAUCAGCUGUCUCAGCCCCAUUCAGAAAUGAACAAUUCCAAAUUGCAAUUAAAUGUGUUCUAGGUUUUGUUUUGGUGUUAUUUAUUGAUUCUGUCAACAGAGUCUAUGCAGUUACUUCAGAAUUGCAUGCUUCUACUGGAGUUUCCCCAGGUGGUGGUCCAGCUGUUGUCAACGACCGUUCUGAAAUUCAAGCAAGAAGAUUUUAUGCUCAAAGAAACAUGUACCUUUGUGGAUUUACUUUGUUUUUAACUUUUAUUUUAACCAGAACUUACAGUUUGGUUGCUGAAUUGAUUGCUACCAAGGAUAAAGUUGAUGAUUUAAAAUCUGCUCCAGCUCCAAAAGAUUCCAAUGAAGUUGCCAAAUUGAAGAAAGUCUUGGCCCAAAAGGAUGAAGAUUUGGAAAUUUUGAAAGGCCAAGCAGCAACUUUAUCUACUGAAUAUGAAGGUGUUUCCGAAUUAAAGGAAAGAAAGUAA